GUAAUCCGCGCGUGUCAUAUUCCACUACCAAAACCGUUGAUUAAAUCUUAUCCAUCCAUCACAUCAUUGAGUGUGAUCAUCACACUACAUCAUACGAACCGUACGUAAUAUACUGUAGAAACGUCACCGUUUGUUAUAACUUGACGCAAUAGAAACUACGGUGCGGUGCACCCUCACACACUCUCACACUCCACUAUUUAAAUACCACCACAGUGAGUGACGAGUGAGUACGGUUCACCAAAAAACUUCACUCUCGUUUUCUCUCUGAUUUAAGGAUAUGGGUUCCCAAGAGACUGAAGACUGUUUGCCCCCACCACCUCCUAUCGUUCCUUCUGAUGUGGAGCCAAUCAAAAUUGUUGAACCAUAUGAGCAUGUCAAAAGGAAGCUUCCUACUAAGGUUCCAAUGGCUAGGCGUGGCCUAGGUUCAAAGGGAAACAAACUUCCUUUGCUGACCAAUCAUUUUAAAGUUGAUGUGAAAAACACUGAUGGAUACUUCUUCCAGUACAGUGUGGCUUUAUUUUAUGAAGAUGGACGCCCUGUUGAAGGCAAAGGUUCUGGUAGGAAGAUACUGGACAGAGUUCAAGAGACUUAUAAUUCUGAGCUGAAUGGAAAGGACAUUGCCUAUGAUGGAGAGAAAACUCUCUUCACUAUUGGCUCUUUAGCACAGAACAAGCUUGAGUUUACAGUUGUUCUUGAUGAUGUUGUAUCAAACAGGAACAAUGGUAACUGCAGCCCUGAUGGGCAUGGAAGUCCAAAUGAUGCUGAUAGGAAGAGGUUGAAAAAAUCCUACAGAUCAAAGAGUUACAAAGUUGAGAUCAGUUUUGCCUCCAAAAUUCCACUGCAGGCCAUUGCCAAUGCCUUGAAAGGGCAUGAAACAGAGAAUUAUCAAGAAGCCAUCAGGGUUCUUGAUAUUAUCUUGAGACAACAUGCUGCCAAACAAGGCUGUCUGCUUGUGCGACAAAAUUUCUUCCACAAUGAUCCUAAGAAUUUUACUGAUGUUGGAGGUGGUGUACUUGGAUGCAGAGGGCUGCAUUCCAGCUUUAGAACCACACAAAGUGGGCUGUCUUUGAAUAUAGAUGUGUCCACAACUAUGAUUGUCCGUCCUGGACCUGUUGUUGAUUUCUUAAUUGCAAAUCAGAAUGUUAGGGAUCCCUUCAACCUUGACUGGAAUAAGGCUAAAAGGACUCUGAAGAAUUUGAGGGUUACAGCCAGCCCAUCUAACCAGGAGUACAAGAUUACUGGGCUGAGUGAAUUGCCUUGCAAAGACCAGCUGUUUACACUGAAGAAGAGAGGUGGCGGUGAAGAUGAUUCUGAAGAGAUCACAGUUUACGAUUAUUUUGUUAACCGCCGAAAGAUUCCUUUGAACUACUCUGCUGACCUUCCCUGUAUCAAUGUUGGAAAGCCUAAGCGCCCUACAUAUGUCCCAAUUGAGCUCUGCUCAUUGGUAUCCCUCCAACGGUAUACCAAAGCCCUUUCCACUCUUCAAAGGUCAUCCCUUGUGGAAAAGUCAAGGCAGAAGCCUAAAGAACGGAUGACAGUCUUACAAGAUGCAUUGAGAACAAGCGACUAUGGCUCUGAGGCUAUGCUCCGUAACUGUGGCAUUUCAAUCACCUCUGGGUUCACACAAGUUGAUGGGAGGGUUUUGCAGGCUCCAAGGUUGAAGUUUGGCAACGGUGAAGAUUUCAGUCCCAGAAAUGGGAGAUGGAAUUUUAAUAAUAAGAAAAUUGUGCAACCUGUUAAAAUUGAGAAAUGGGCUGUGGUGAACUUUUCUGCUCGUUGUGAUGUGCGAGGACUUGUAAGAGAUCUGAUCAAAUGUGGAGGAAUGAAAGGAAUCCACGUGGAACAACCAUUUGAUGUAUUUGAAGAAAAUGGUCAGUUUAGGCGGGCACCGCCUUUGGUAAGAGUUGAGAAGAUGUUUGAAUAUGCUCAGUCCAAACUUCCAGGUGCUCCUAAGUUUCUCCUUUGUCUGCUUCCGGAGAGGAAGAACUCGGAUCUUUAUGGUCCGUGGAAGAAGAAGUGUCUUGCUGAUUUUGGAAUUGUUACUCAGUGCAUAGCUCCAACUCGAGUAAAUGACCAGUAUCUGACAAAUGUUUUGCUGAAGAUAAAUGCUAAGCUUGGUGGAAUGAAUUCUCUGUUGGGUGUUGAACAUUCUCCAUCUAUUCCUAUUGUAUCAAAAUCUCCCACUCUCAUUUUGGGCAUGGAUGUUUCUCAUGGUUCACCUGGGCAAACUGAAAUUCCUUCAAUUGCUGCGGUUGUAAGCUCGAGGCAAUGGCCUAUGAUAUCUAAAUAUAGGGCAUGCGUCCGAACUCAGGGUGCGAAGGUGGAAAUGAUAGACAAUUUGUUCAAGCCAGUAGACGACGAGAUCGAUGAAGGAAUUAUAAGGGAGCUCUUGAUUGAUUUCUAUACAAGUUCUGGGAACCGAAAACCCGACAACAUUAUCAUUUUCAGGGAUGGUGUCAGUGAGUCCCAGUUUAACCAAGUGUUGAACAUUGAACUGAGCCAAGUCAUUGAGGCAUGUAAAUUUCUGGAUGAAACCUGGAAUCCCAAGUUUUUGGUGAUUGUUGCCCAGAAGAACCAUCACACGAAAUUCUUCCAGCCUGGAUCCCCAGAUAACGUGCCACCUGGAACUGUUGUUGACAACAAAAUUUGUCAUCCUAGAAAUUAUGAUUUCUAUCUGUGUGCACAUGCAGGAAUGAUUGGCACAAGCAGGCCAACACAUUAUCAUGUUCUUUUGGAUGAGAUUGGCUUUUCCCCAGAUGAUUUACAGGAGCUUGUGCACUCGCUUUCUUAUGUUUAUCAGCGGAGCACCACUGCUAUCUCUGUUGUUGCUCCUAUCUGCUAUGCACACUUGGCUGCUUCCCAGGUUGGACAGUUCAUGAAGUUUGAGGAUAAGUCUGAAACUAACUCCAGCCAUGGUGGUGGUAUCAAUGCCUCCCCUGUCCCUCAGUUGCCCAAGUUGAAUGACAUUGUCUGCAAUUCUAUGUUCUUUGUUUGAGUUGAUCAAGUUAUUAUGAUCCUAAGUAGUUCUUGCACAAUCAAACUUUAUUUAGUCCCAAGUCUUAACUAUUUUGAUGCCUGUUGGAUUGAACCUUUGCUGAAAGGUCAGGUCUCUUGAAUACUUGUGGACACAUGUCUUCACACAUGUGUCCUUUUUAUCAGCUAUUUUGGAUGACUGUUAAUAUUUACCUUUUGCUGAAAGGUCUUUGCGAAUACUUGCUGCCACUUGCUUUCAGCUAUUUUGAUGAAUGAAUGUGAAUAUCUAUUUAUGCUUUGCUAAA